AUGGUCUGUAUUUUGGGUAUUGAAAGCAGUGCUAACAAAGUUGGUGUGGGGAUAGUUCAUGAUGGCAAGGUGUUAGCUAAUCCUCGUGCUACUUAUCAUGCACCACUCGGCGAAGGGUUUCGGCCACCGCAAACGGCAGCGCAUCAUAGGCAAAACAUCGUUCGCAUCGUUCUUGAUGCUUUACAACAAGCCGGUAUUAAGGAUCCGCAAAAUGAAAUCAGUGGAAUUGCUUAUACUAAAGGGCCAGGUAUGGGCGCUCCCUUACAAGUUGGUGCAACUGUAGCACGUACGUUAUCACAGUUGUGGUCUUUACCACUGUACCCGGUGAAUCAUUGCAUUGGUCAUAUUGAAAUGGGCCGCUUGAUUACUAAGGCUGAAAAUCCCGUAGUGCUUUAUGUUAGUGGAGGCAAUACUCAGGUUAUCAGCUAUUCAAAUCAGCGCUACAGGAUAUUUGGUGAAACGUUAGAUAUUGCUGUUGGAAACUGCUUAGACAGAUUUGCUCGCUUGGUGGACCUUCCAAACGACCCCUUCCCUGCGUACAAUUUGGAACAGCUUGCUCUGCAAGGGAAAAAGCUAAUAAGUUUACCGUAUACAGUGAAAGGGAUGGAUUUAGCGCUUUCUGGUAUACUUUCAUAUGUCGAGCACAAAGGAUUACAAAUGGUUCGCAAAGGUGAAUGCACUAAAGCAGAUCUUUGCUUUUCAUUACAGGAAACUGUUUUCGCUAUGCUAGUAGAAAUCACAGAACGAGCAAUGGCACACUGUGGUAGUAGUGAGGUCUUGAUUGUUGGUGGCGUUGGUUCCAACAAACGGCUGCAGACGAUGAUGUCAAUUAUGGCCAAAGAGAGAGGUGCCAAACUCUUUGCAACAGAUGAAAGAUUUUGUAUUGAUAAUGGUGCUAUGAUAGCUCAAGUUGGUUGGCAUAUGGCAAAUGUGAAAAUGGUAUUCAAAUUUGAAGAGUGUAGUACGACACAACGCUUUCGUACUGACCAAAUCUUUUACCAUAGCACACACUGGCUGGCACGUACAGCAAACCGUGUUGGAUUGGGUCUUAGUGCUCGUAAAGCUUUGAUGGAAUAUGCAAAAAAGAAGAAUUUGACAAAAUUGAUUCCAAAUGUAAGAGUUGAUCAAAGCGAACAAAAUCUUGAAGGCUCGCAAGUUUCUUGA